AUGGAAUUACAUCAGUCAAGAACGGAUGAUUGUCUGAUUUCCCUUACAGAGUCAAUACCAGACUCAAAAGUUCCUCCCAAACCGCCUUAUCCCAGAGGUUUAACCGAAAACGGUAUUUUUCGAGCUCAACAGCAACAAACGUCAAAUUCUCAGCCAAAUCUGCAGCAAUCCUCAGACAUUACAGUUUCCUCAAAUUCUGUUAUCAGUCUCCAGCCAAUAAAAUUCAAAAUUACUUCUAACUGUUCCAGUAACAAUACAGAAACCGCAUGUAAAUUCUCCACUUUCUCAAGACGUCCAUCUGGAAUGAGUUUUUUGGGCUACAAGUACAGUCAAGCCGUGGUUGCAGACUCAUCAGCUGGAUGUUUUCUUCGAGUGUGUUUCCGCGGAUGGAUGACUUUCCUACAGCUCCUAAUUGCAUUGCGAGCUAUCCUUGUUAGAUUUGUAUUCCUUGCCUUGACCUUGAGUCUCAUUGUAACCGUGGUGACAGAGAAGAACCAGAGCAUCUAUUGGCUGCUUUGCUUCCUAAUGCUCCCCCUUAUGGCUGAUCUCUGCUACUCCAUACGACUCGUCAUUAUGCCCAAAGUCGCCUUUGACAAGACUGAGAAAUGGUUUACUAAAUGUCUGUUGGCUUAUCUACUCUGCGCCUGCCCACCAAUUUGGAUCACAGAGUUGCAUCAUCUUCAAACGCUCAAUGAUUACACUGAGGCUGUCAUCAAUGGUCCGGGUGCUCUCGAUUCUAACGUGGUCAACAACCCCUGGGAAGAUGCCGGUCUCAUCUAUAACGAACCCGGGGCCGUCACCCUGCAAAAUUAUCCGCCAACAAUGCGCAUACGAAUGAUGGAGCAACUGCUUUUGCUGACCGUGAUUGUCGGGAGAUUCCUUCUUCCUCGAUUUGGCAUUACCCGAGAUCAGCUAUCACAACUACUGCUUAUAAAUAUUGGCAACGCUGCCGAUAUUCUGGAACUCUUUGAGGCUUUCAAUGAGGAAGCUGUUCGCAUGAAUACUUCCCUCAAAAUCAGCAUCCUCUGUCUUUGGCAAGCUUCUCUAUUCCAAUUUUGCUUCAAUAAAACGGCUGUUCUGGAGAGCAAAAAGAGCGCGCAUUCUUCGCUUCCAAUUCAAACGCAUUCGAUGUCUAGAAGCACCACUUUGAACGACUCGGUGGUGGUGGAAAUGCCUCAGUUUGUGGAUGAUGACCAGCAUCCACCCCCAAAGCGACGCCCUUUUUGCGCAUGUUGUCCAGGUGACCUUGCGGAUGACGGGGUGUCGGGCUGUGCCCAACUCUGGUUUGGAACCGAAAUCUGGGCAAUUUUCAUGUCUCUUAUCCUUCAAGAUGUACCCUUUCUCGCCCUCCGACUUACACUUAUAAUGCUUUUCAAGGUUAACAGCUACUCAAACAUCUUUUUCACAAGCAAAAACUCUCUCCUCAUUCUCCUCCAAAUUUUCCGAUCCGUCGUGAUAAUUAAUGACUUCAGACGAAAUUGGAAAACUCCCAAACAUGACAUUCCUAUGAUCGUUUUGGCCUAA